AUGGUCCCCAUCUGGGAGGGCACAGACAACCUGCAGGACCUGCCUGCCAGUCUGCUGGCCUGUGGGAUCUGCCAGGCCUCCGGCCAAAUCUCCAUUGUCCCAUUCACAGGGCUCGAGGGAUUUGAGAGCUAUCUGGUCCUCAAGCAUGUCCCUGAGGGCGCUCAGGAAUACAGCUGGUACCGGGGUGCCCGUGACAGUGAAGAAGAUAAGAUUGUUAGCUACAAACCUCCCUCCAAUUCCUGGCAGCCUGGGCCCAUGUCCAGUAGCCGGGAGAACGUGACCAAGACGGGUGACCUGGAGAUCAAGCAGUCUAUGUUAUCCGACGCGGGGAACUACACCGUGCGGGUGACCCUCAGCAGCGGGACCCAAAAAGCAACUAGCUGGCUGGCGAUUCAAGAAUGGGUGGGCAAACCCAACAUCUCGGCCAACGCCACAUCUGUGGCAGAGAACCUGGAUCCCGUGGUCGCCUUCUGCCACACCAACGUCACCAACACCACCAGAAUCCAGUGGUACAUGAAUGCCUUAAAGGUGUCCAGCAAUGACCAGGUGACGAUUUCCCCGGACCGCAAGGCCCUCAUCAUCCACCAGCUCAGCCGCUACGACUUCACAAUUCAGUGUUCCAUAGACAACGUCCUCGAGAUUCCUCAGAAAAGUGACAUUAUCUUCCUGACUGUGGCCUAUGGGCCCGACAGCGUGAUGCUGAAUAGCACGCCCUCCGCACUCGGCGGCGUCCUGUCUACCGAGGUGGGCUCCCAGGUGCGGAUGCAAUGUUCCUCCACUUCCCGCCCGCUGUCCACCUACCGCUGGACCCACAACGGCUCCUUCCUGAGCUCAGAGGCCAGCGUCCUGCUCCCGCGUCUGACCUGGGAGCAGAUGGGCAGGUACAGGUGCUUCGUGGAGAACUCGGUGACCCAGCUGACCAUGUACAGGGACAUCCGGAUCCAGAGGCCCUGUAAGUGUCCUCUCCUUCCAGGGCAAAUGCCUGUUAUUAGAACAGGUUUCUACCUCUCAGGACCCUUAGUGGUGUUUUUCAUUGUGAUGACAGUCCUGGGCAGUGUCUACCUCUGCGGAAUCCUGAUCUACAUUCUGAUCAGCCGUUUCUCCACCAGGUACUUUGGCCAAAACCUCCAAGUCAUUCUUCAUUCCUCCUUUCUCAUUGCCCAGUCCUCCCCUCCAGCCCGCGUCUUCUGCAAGUCCUACGGAGUCUACCUUCAAAACAGAUCCAGAACUCAGUUCCCACCCCCAUUCAGUCGUCUCUUCCACUGUCAUCUCUCACUGGCUAUUGACUGCCCCAUAGCCUCCUCCAUGGCCUCCCUGCCCCUGCCCCUGCCCUUGUAG